AUGAAACACUUAGAGGAGAGGAAAGAUAACUCCAAUCUGUACAUGGUGAUGGAAUACACCCCGGGCGGGGAGAUGUUCUCCCACCUAAGGCGGAUCGGGAGGUUCAGUGAACCUCACGCCCGGUUCUACGAUGCUCAGAUCGUCCUGACCUGUGAGUAUCUGCACUCGCUGGAUCUCAUCUACCGAAACCUGAAGCCAGAGAAUUUCCUGAUAGACCAGCAGGGCUACAUCAAGGUGACGGAUUUUGGUUUUGCCAAGCGGGUGAAAGGCCGAACCUGGAUUCUGUGUGGGACCCUGGAAUACGUGGCCCCCGAGAUCAUCCUCGGCAAGGGUUAUAACAAGGCUGUGGACUGGUGGGCCCUCGGCAUCCUCAUCUACGAGAUGGUGGCUGGUUACCCCCCGUUCUUCGCAAACCAGCCCAUUCAGAUCUAUGAGACGAUCGUCUCUGGCAAGGUCUGGUUCCCGGGUCACUUCAGCUCGGAGCUGAGGGACCUGCUCCGGAACCUGCUGCAGGUGGACCUCACCAAACGCUUUGGCAACCUCAAGAACAGGGUCAACGACAUCAAGAACCACAAGUGGUUUGCUACCACCGACUGGAUCGCCAUCUACCAGAGGAAGAAAGCAGCCAUGAAAGUCGCAAACCCCAGUUGGGCUUUGCCCACAAAGGUGUUAAAAUGACCAGGUGUCCUUCCUUCGCCAGCCAGACUCUCUGUCCUUGCUGCCAGAUCCCAGAACCAUGGGAGGAGGGAGGGGGAUUGGAGCAAUCUGCAGCAUCUGGAGGGAUAUUUGGUACCGAGAGUCCCUUAUAUCUUCGCUGCUUCCUGCUGCUUGACAGGGAGAAGUCCCGCAGCUCUUUAUAGCGCAUGAGAUGCUCACGGGAUUUGAAUGGCUGCAACAGCAAGGCCAAGAACAGAGCAGCAGCAGGGGGUGGCUUUGAACCCAGAGCUCACCCCUGCCCCCACAAUCACAGGCACGUCUCCCCCACACCGAAGGUGUAUAAAGUUAAUUUCCUUCCCCGGCGAUCACUGGUGCUCAGACGCCAGGGAGGGGACAAGCUAAAACCCUAGAUCCAGAUCUGGGUGCUGCGGUUCUUGGGGUCAUGGAUGCAUAACUCAGGAGUCAACACCCUGCCGCCCCACUCUCACCACUACAACCCACUCCCUUCCCAGAGCUGGGGAGAGAACCCCAGGAGCCCUGGCUCCCAGCCCCCUACUUGAAUCACUAAAUAGCAACACUUCUGUGGAAACCCGGCACCACCACGCUCCAGUCCAGUCCCUGCCUUAAUGAAAAGGCUGAGAAAUAGGCCAGGCGAGGGUCUGAAAUGUACCAGCGAAGCAGGACAACAUCCUACAGACGUGACUGAUUCACUGCCCGAGGGAAGGAGACCAAGAUUACGGGGAUUCCCUUGAUCCCACAGGAUAGGGCAGGGCAGCCCUGAAAGGGUUCUGGGGUCCAGCUAUUUGCUGGCUAACUACCACUGCCCACAUCCCCUUCACCCUCUCAUCCCCACUGUGACGUUAUUGACAUAAACUGGGACCAUAUAGAUCAUUGUUGCAACCAAGAUCCUAUAGUGGCACCCAAAUCUUGUAUAAAGAGGGUCAAAUGGGAUGUCUAAGACAAGGUUAUGGUUUACUGGUUAUGAUUAUGCUGUCUAUAUGUGUGUAUCAGUGUUGUAGUUAAAGUUAUGAAUAUUGGCUCUAUACUGUCUGUAUGGCAAACUUAUGCUGUGCUUCUGGGUGACAUCCCAGAUAAGCUGGGAUUAGCUCUGCCUAGCCUGCUUGAUGGCCCAUUAAGGGCCAUCAGCUAUACAAUGGACCCAUUAAGAGAAGGCAAAUAUGCCUUCAGACUCAGCAAAGUAUGCAGGAACUGGCCCAUGUAACUCGAGACUCCAUUUUGCUGUAAUUUUCCACAGUAAGAACAAAGAGGUGUUCUUACACCUGGAAAAGACUAUAUAAGGCUGAUGCCUCAUCUCCAUUUUGUCUUCAAUCCUGCUUCUUACCUCUGGAGGGACUUUGCUACAAACUGAAGCUCUGAACAAAGGACUGAGGACCCAUCCCAGCUGGGGAUGUAUUCCAGAGACUUGAUUUGAACCUGCAGUUUAUUCUAUCGCUGCUGCAAGCCUGAACCAAGAACUUUGCCAUUACCGUAUGUAAUUGAUUCCAUUUAACCAAUUCUAACUCUCAUCUAUAUCUUUUUCCUUUUAUGAAUAAACCUUUAGAUUUUAGAUUCUAAG